AUGCCUUCCUCCCACACGUUGGUCUUCAUGGUCAUCUUCUCCCUGGGGUCGUUGGCUGCUGUGUUACAGAAUGGUCUCAUGGUCACCUUGCUGGGCAGGGAGUGGUUACGGUGUGGGACGUUGCCUGCAGGCGACAUGAUUGUGGCUUGUCUUGUCACUUCCCGGCUCUGCCUACAUGGAAUAAGCAUCCUGAACAACUUCGUGAACUUCUUUGAUUUUUGCUACAAGGCUAAAACUCUUGGCAUCCUCUGGGACUUUAUUAACACUCUCACUUUGUGGCUUACUGCUUGGCUUUCUGUUUUCUACUGUGCAAAGAUCUCCACCUUUUCCCACCCCGUCUUCCUCUGGCUGAAGUGGAGGAUUACUCGGUCAGUGCCCAGGCUGCUGCUGAGCUCCCUAUUCUUCAGUGGCCUGUCGGGUAUUUCAUCAGUUGUAGGGAAUGCAGUAGGCAUUGAGACAGCGGCCUCCCAGGGUUCCCAUGGAAACUGCACCCUAUCUCACAGCAUUCUAAUUUUUCGUCAGUGGUACUUUUUCUGGCAUUCGGUGGUUAUGUGGUUCACUCCGCUUCUCCUGUUCCUGGUGCCCAUUGUCCUGCUCAUAUUCUCCCUGCACCGGCACGUGCAGCAGAUGAGGGACUGCAUGUCCGGGCCUCGCGAUCCCAGCACCCAGGCCCACACCAUGGCUCUGAAGUCACUCUCCUUCUUCUUCGUCUUUCAUGUACUGCAUGUCCUGACCCUGCUCAUUUCUAUGAUGCAGCUCAUAACCGUCUGGAAUCCCUGGCACUGGGCCUUCGAAAUGGUACUUUAUGCAGGUCUCUUCCUGCACUCCAUUGUCCUGAUGCGAAGCAGCCCCAAGCUGAGAAAGGUCCUGAGAAUGAGAUUUUAG